GUGGUUACGUCUGUGACGUCAUAAACAAACGCGCCAUUGUUAGCGAUAACAUCAACACUUACACGCUCUGCUAAAAUAAGUCGAAAUCAUGCGUCUGUUGAAGAGUAUGGCCUCGGAUGGCUAUCCAAAUAGCAGAUGAUGGAAUGUACGGACCAGGCUAUCAAAGAGCCAUGUUACCCAAGGAUCGUGGUAUCUACGACGGAAAAGUUUUUACGGAUGGUUGUGUCUACGCAUGAUGGUAUCUACGGAUCGUGUCUGACUCUCCAGAUCUCAGUCUCUGACGACUGUAGGCGUCGAGUGGUGCAGACGUCACAAGCGGGUGGCGACACCAGGGUGGUGCGCACAAAACCCGGCGGAGACCUCCGCGACGUCCUCAAUGAGAGGCGCGCGCGGACCGGAAGCUCCAUGGGAGAGGCCACUAUUCGCUCUAAGAUUGGAUGUUGCGUUGGCCAGACUGGGGAUCUGCGCCAGAGUCUUAACACGAUGCGCGCGCAGUCAAAGUCUCAGUCAACCAACAUCCGGUUUUUGAAGCUUGCCUCAUAUUAUCAGCUGAGACUACAGCUGGGCGGUGUUUUGUUGGGAAAUGGCUCCUCAAUUCUGUCAUAUCUGCCUUCUCUCGUGCCUGCUUCCGCUCUGUCACGUGACGUCAUGGCAACCACUGCUUCCAAGCGUUUCUCAGGAGACGUGUCGAAGGAGGAAACGGCUGUCGGUCACAGUCGGAUUGGGCGGAAGCGCCACAGCAGCGCCCUCUCAGACGACGGAGCACUGGAAGUAGCGGUAGACACCGCAGACGAACCUCCUGCCAAGCGAGCCCGCUCCCAGAAGCGGCCGCGAGUUUCAGUUCGUGCCUGCGGCAUUCAGACUGACCCCUUUCACUGGAGGUCUUACCCCUACGUUUGGCAGAGAGAGGACUACAGGUGUGAACAGAGGAAGUCAACCACGUGGGGCCUGGACCCCUACACGUGGCGGAAGGAUCAGACCCGUGUCAGGCCCGCCACGUGUUACACGUGGAAGAGGCCGGAUCCUUAGAGGGCGGCGAAUGCGCGCUGCACAUGUCGGCAUCGUUCGGUAUUCACAAAUCUCAUUUUGACUUUGGUAUAUUUUAAUAGAUGGGAAAAUAACGAAAUUAAUAUUAUAAUUAGUAAAUGAUCAGUUAUCAAAAUUGAAAAGGUACGAUUAGUCUUUGGACAGAGAUUUUUUUCCAAAAUUUAUUAAUGCAACAUUGUUUUAUUGAGGUUCGUGAACACCGGUAAGUCCGACUUACCUGUGCCUUUUAGUCAAUAUCUUAAGAAAUCAGUAGACAUCUUUUGUAUUGUCUUUAUCUUAUAAUUGCGUAGUUUAUUCUAAGUCCAUUAUUAGACAGUUGAUUAUAUUCGAAUCACUUUGGUCGUCGUUCUGUCCAUAAUCUUGUCCACGCAAUGCCUUCUACAUGCAUACAGAGUAUAAGUGCCACGCACACGAAUCACAUCUUAACCAUAUAGAUCAAAGGUUAACUACUUAUCUUGAAUGUUCAUGAAGAAGUUAUCCAUUUCUUUGUAUCCACGUGCAUUUAACGAUUUCAAGGUUACUGUUUAAUAAGAAGUUUAGUUAAAGGAUACUUUAAUUAGUUGUUAGUUUGCUAGUUAGUUUGAUUAAGCUUUGAAUUAGUCAGAUAAGUUAAUUUGUAUGUGCUGUUUUACUCUUUAUGUGUUUAGUUCUAAGUACUUUAUAUGACUAAAUAAAUUAGAGCAGUAAUAUUAUGUCGGAUGCAUGUAGUUAUUGGUUUAAGUUCAAUAAAUCGUUUAUUUCUUA